AUGGGCGUGAUCGCCCAGUCGGUCGCGCGUCUCGGGCAGAGUGUCGUGCUGACACAGCCGCCCCGCGCGGACACUCGCCAGACCGCCGGCCCGUGGCCGACCCAAGGCCCCAAGGACCGGCACACGCCGGUGGCUGAACCGCGGCCGCCGAGCACGCCUUGGCCCUCCAAAGCGCGCGCAAGCGCGCCAAAAAGUGUGCCGAAUACCAUCCAGAUACCAGAGGCUGAGACGCCCGCCACAGCGACAGCACAGGCCGAAGUGGCCGCCGAAAAAGCCGCCGCCGAGCAGGUGGCUGCCGAAAAAGCCGCCGCGCAGCGCGCCGCCGAGGCAGACGCUGCACCCGCGCCAGCCGCGCCGGCUCCCAAGGUCGAAUCGCACACUGUCGCCGAGGCGCAGCCGCCACGCCCUGCUGUGCACGAGCGCCCUGUCGCGUCCAGCGCUGUUUCGGACGCCACGGCCCAUACCCCCGAGGACGAGUACGAUGCGGCGACCGAGGAGCGUGUCGCCCCGCUUCGCGCUGCGCGUGUGCCAUCUUCGCGUCUCGGACGUCUCUUGCACUACGGCAGCCUCGGCGCCGGCCUUGCAUGGGGCUCUGCCGGUGAAUACAUGCGCCGUGCGACGUCCGGUUCUUCGGAAACCCCCUCGCCCGUGUUCCUUUCCGAGGCGAAUGUCAACCGCUUGGUGGACAAGCUGAGCACGAUGCGUGGCGCGGCGCUCAAGCUCGGCCAAUUCAUGAGCAUUCAAGAUAGCCACAUGCUCCCUCCGCAAGUCGAGGAGGUGAUGCUGCGUGUGCAAAACAGUGCGCACUACAUGCCUGCGUGGCAGCUCGAGCAGGUCAUGCAGGCCGACCUCGGCGAUGACUGGCGGACGCACUUUUCCUUGUUCGAGGAGCGUCCGUUUGCCGCUGCCUCGAUCGGGCAGGUGCACAGCGCGGUGCUUGCCGAUCCCUUCCCUGCGCAGCCGCACAUGGCCGGCAAGCGUGUCGCGGUCAAGGUGCAGUUUCCCGGCGUCGCGCAGUCCAUUUCCUCAGAUUUGUCCAACAUCAAGUGGCUGCUGAUGGCCUCGGCGCUGCUGCCGAAAGGUCUCUUUUUGGAAAACAGCGUGCGUGUCCUGCAAAAAGAGCUCGAGGAAGAGUGCGACUACACGCGCGAAGCCGAGAUGGGCCGCCGCUUUCGUGCGCAUGUCGACGCGAGCGCCACAACGCCCGGCGCGCUCCGCCUCGAGGUCCCCGAAGUGGUCGACUCGCUGUGCACGCCACGCGUGCUCACGACCGAGUUUAUGCGUGGGCGUCCUCUGACGCACGCCGCGCGCCUCGACCAGGCGACGCGCGACCGCAUCGCGCAUGCGAUCAUGGAGCUGAGCCUGCGUGAGCUCUUCGAGUGGCGCUUGAUGCAGACCGAUCCCAACUGGACCAACUUUUUGUACAGCGAAAAGAACAACAGCAUCCAGCUGAUCGACUUUGGCGCGUCGCGUCCCUACUCGGCAGAGUUUAUGGACAUGUGGGUCAGCCUACUGCGCGCCGCCGUGGCCGGCGACCGCGAAGCCUGCGAGAAAUGGAGCAUUGCGAUUGGAUACCUGACCGGCGAGGAGUCCGAGAGUAUGCGCACCGCGCACCUGGACUCGAUGGUCGCUCUUGGCGAGCCGUUCCGCGCGGACGCGCCGGUGCCGUAUCCGUUUGCGAACCAAACGAUCACCGACCGCGUCCGUGCGCAGAUCCCCGUUAUGCUGCGCGAGCGCCACCGCCCCCCGCCCCCAGAGACCUACUCGCUGAACAGGAAGCUCAGUGGCGCUUUCCUGCUUUGUGCGCGCCUCGGUGCGAGCGUCGACUGCCGCUCGAUGUUUGACCGGGUGACGAGCGACUAUGUCUAUGCGGGCGGAAGCACGGCCCCCCCGGCCGUGCCGGGCACGCGCCGCAACAUGCACAGCAUAGCGCGCAGGUUGGCGACGGCGGGCCUGCGUGCCCCCCGCGCGCUGCACACCGUCCCCCACCAGCACCGGAUCGGACGCAAUAUUGGUGAUCGCUGGGCCAAGAUGGCGCUCAACGACUAUGUUGUGCAGCAGGCACAGCACGCCGAGCCCACGCCUCCCAAGCCCAAGUCCCAGCCGACGGCCAUGCCCUGGUCUGCCGGCGGUAUCCGCACCGAGAGGCCGGGUUCCGUGAUGAUCCGCGGCGUCGAAGUGCCCAUCCGCUGUGUCAACUGUGUCUACAAUCUCUAUGCGGACGAUGUCGAGGACUGGAAAGAGGACAUCACCAAAGCACGUGCCAAGCUCGAGCACGCCUCGCCCCCUAUCACGGUGGACGAGUGGGACACGACCAAGUUUGGCCGUCUCCCCGCACAGGUCGUCGAGCCCGACAAGGAGGCAGCGGCGGAGCGUGCCAUUGGCCCCGAGGACCCUGUCCUGAAAGCCUUUAUGCACCUCGAGCAGGACAUCAAACGCAAGCAUCGGCAGUCGCCGAAUCAGCGUGAAGCUAAUUCCAAGCUAUAG